AUGGCCAGAAUUCCCUUUGAGGAGAAGACGAAUGAAGAUAGACUGGAAUGCACCACAGAAAAGACACAAAAGAAAGAUGAAAGAAAGGGUGUCUUAGAGUAUCUCUCCAUGAUGAAUGCGCAGACCAUGGACUAUAACCUAAAGUACGACAUAUCCUUGUGCCUGGAGAUACUGCAAGGCAAGGAGAACAUGGAAGUGAAGGAACUCAAGGAGGCUGUGAUAGAUCUAGCCCAGGAGAAUGAGAAGCUAGUGAAAGAGUGCGAUGACUUGCAAAUGAAAAUAUUAAAUGGCAAAUAG